GUCCCCAGGACCCGUCAGGUGACAGCGGCCCCGGGGGGAGGCGACCCCGCUUCCCCUUUUGGGGCCAUAAAGGGACACGGGGGGGGGACGGAGGGGACAGCGCGGGGACAGCAAAGGGACAGCGCGGCCGGGACGAUGCCGUCGCCGCCGUGCCUCUCCGUGUCCCUGUCCCUGCUGGCACUGUCGCUGCUGUCCCCCCCCGCGCUCGGCGCCCCGGGGGGGGCUCUGUCCUUCCUGGCCCUGGGGGACUGGGGGGGGCUGCCCGAGCCCCCCUUUGUCACCCCCCGCCAGGUGGCCACGGCGGCGGCCAUGGGCCGGGCGGCCACCGAGCUGGGGGGGGACUUCGUGCUGGCCCUGGGGGACAACUUCUACUACGAGGGGGUCAAGGACGAGUGGGACCCGCGCUUCCAGGACACCUUUGAGCGCGUGUUCGUGUCCCCGGGGCUCCGCGGUGUCCCCUGGUUCGUCAUGGCCGGGAACCACGACCACGCCGGCAAUGUCACCGCGCAGCUGCGCUACAGCCGCCACUCCCCGCGCUGGCACUUUCCCCACCCGUACUACAGCCUGCGCCUGCACCUGCCGGGCUCCAACGUCUCGGCGCGGCUGCUGGUGCUGGACUCGGUUCUGCUCUGCGGCCACAGCGACGAUUUCGGUUCCGGCGCCGGUGCCGGUGCCGGUUCGGGCCCCGCGGGGCCCCGGGACGCGGCGGCGGCCGCGGCGCACCUGGGCUGGCUGCGGGCGCAGCUGGAGGCGGCGGCGGGCGACGCCUUCGUGCUGGUGGCCGGGCACUACCCGGUGUGGUCGGUGGCCAAGCACGGCCCCACGAGCUGCCUGGUGCGGCUGCUGCGGCCGCUGCUGCGGCGGCACCGCGUCAGCGCCUACCUGUGCGGGCACGACCACAACCUGCAGUACCUGGAGGAGGGCGGUGUCGCCUACGUCCUGAGCGGCGCCGGGAACUUCAUGGAGGAUUCGCGGCCGCACGAGCGCUCGGUGCCGCCCGGGGCGCUCCGGUUCUUCUACGGGAGCCCCGAGAGCCCCGGCGGCUUCGCGCACGUGCGCCUGGAGCCCCACGGGGCCACCGUGACCUUCCUGGAGAGCACCGGGCGCGUCCUGCACCGCGUCACGGUGCCGCCGCGCCUCUGACCGGGAUACCGGGACACCGGGCGCGUCCUGCACCGCGUCACGGUGCCGCCGCGCCUCUGACCGGGAUACCGGGACACCGGGGAUGGAGGGGACACCGGGAAACCGGGACAGGGAGACGCCGGGCGCGUCCUGCACCGCGUCACGCUGCCGCCGCGCCUCUGACACCGGGACACCGGGGACAACGGGGACAGAGGGGACACUGGGACCCCUUCCCUGGGGACAGCGGGACAAUGGGGACACUGGGGACACUGACCCCUGACCCGGGGGGACACUGGGGACCGGACACUGAUCCUUGACCACUUGGGGACCCUGCCCCCUGACCCGGGGGUACACUGCCCCCCACCCAAUAAAGGCUUUGACCGGA